ACCAUUAUUCUCUGACGGAAGCUGUUUUCACCAUGGAAGAAGCUUUUCCUUCCCACUCUUGCUCAGUGUGUCAGGGUAUCCUGAAGGAGUCUGUCACUAUCCCAUGUGGACACAGCUACUGUCUGAAGUGUAUAAAUGACUACUGGGACAAGUCAGACACAGUGGGCACUUACAGCUGUCCACGGUGUGGGGAAAGAAUAUUUAAUGAGAGGCCAGAGCUUAACAUAAACAAUACAUUAAACAAACUAACAGAACAACUGAAGGAAACGACAGCUGAUGUCAGUCCAUCUCAGAGUUACUCUGGACCUGAAGAUACGACUUGUGAUGUGUGCACAGGGAGAAAAAGGAAAGCUUUAAAGACCUGCCUGACCUGCAUGAUCACCUACUGCGAAACUCACUUCCAGCCUCACUCUGAGUUUCCAGUCUUCAAGAGACACAAAACACAGGAACCAACAGGAAACCUGGAAGAGUAUAUCUGUGCUAAACACCAGAAAGUGCUGGAAAUGUUCUGUAGGACCGAUGACGUCUGCAUCUGCUCACUGUGUGCAGCAACUGAACAUAAGAAUCAUGACACGGUGACCCUGGAGAUGGAGAGAGCUGGGAGACAGAGUCAUCUAGAAGAGAUAAAGGCUGAAAUGAAAACAAGAAUUAAAGAGAAACAGAAGAAACUGGAGAUAAAGGAGAACAUAGUGCGUUUGCAGAAUUCUGCAGACCGAGAACUACAAGAAACAGAUGAGAACUUCAAGUCCCUACAACAAUCCAUUGAGAAACUGAGGUCAGACAUAACUGAAGUAAUUAGAGAUCACGAGAAGAGUGAAGUGAGAAAUGUUAAAGAGCUCAUAGAGCAAAUGGAGAAAGAGGUCAACGAGCUGAAGAGGAGAGAUGCUAAGCUGGCUGAGCUUUCACAGACAGAUGACCACAUCUACUUCCUAAAGGAGUUCCCAUCUCUCUGUAUUCCGUCCGGAGACGGAAAGACACCCAACAUUACUAUUAACUCCGUAUUGCUUUCUGAAUCUCUGAGGAAGGACCUUUCUGAUCUGAAUAAGAGUGUUGAAGAGAUUAAAGGCUGUGAAUUUGUGAAGACCAUUGAUGCAGGGGUUGAUGAUUUGGGUCACAUCGUGCAGAAUUCGAGGAGCAGAAAUCACCUUUUAAAAUACUCCUGUCUGCUCACCAUGAACCCCAACACAGCACACAGACACCUCUGCCUGUCUGAAGGGACAAGGAAGGUGACGUAUGAAAGGACAGAGACCCCAUAUCCUGAUCAUCCUGACAGAUUUGAUUUUUGGCCCCAAGUUCUCUGCAGAGAAGCUUUGAGUGGGAAUCGUAGUUACUGGGAAGUUGAGUGGAGUGGGAAAUGGACUGACAUUGGAGUCGCAUAUAAAGGAAUCAGUAGGAAAGGAAAUAGUGACGAUUGUCUUCUUGGAUACAAUGACAAGUCGUGGCGUUUGAUUUGCUCAAAGUCCAGUUGUACUGUAUGGUACAAUAAGAAGAAGACAAAAAUUAGCACCCCCUGUAGUCACAGAAUAGGCGUGUAUCUGGACUGUCUUGCUGGCUCUUUGUCAUUUUUUAGCAUCUCAGACACAAUUACCCUUCUGCACCGAUUCAAUAACUCCUUUAUCGAACCUAUCUAUGCAGGGUUUGGGCUUAGUUGUGAUUCUAGUAUAACAAUCUGCCAUCUGAACCCAUCUAAUCAUUGAUCUAUGGUCAUCAGUAGGUGACAUCAUGUCUUCUAUCACCCAGGCUGUCUUGUUAUUUAAAAUCCAAGAGGAACAUUCCAAAUAUUAUUAUAGUGGAGAUGAUUCACCAUGUUAUUCCAGGCACCUCACAUAUAUUUAGCUGGUAACUGCCCUGCCAUUCCUCUUGCUACAGUGACUCUGGACACCUGUAGUCUGUUUGUUGUAUCUGCACAGCCUUGCAGUAGUGCCAUGUUUUGUGCUGUCUUUACAAGCCUUUGUUCAGUUCAUGCUUUUUGUGAAAUGUAAGAUAUUCUGUCAAGUAAAGGACUGUUGCAUGCA